AAGGACAUGCACUUGUGGAUCCUCUCUCUUUCUUUCUUUUCUGAUUCUUUACAUUUUUGGUGUUUAUAUCCUCUUCUUUCCCUCUUCUCCAUGUUUGAAACAACCGCAGACAUGCACGACGUUAAGAAUCAUGGGAAACUUAGUCUUCUUCCGCUGCAUUUCUCGAUUUUCACCAGGAGAUGGCGCUGAAGUACUAUGAAGCAGAUUUGCACAUUAGUUGUCUGUAAUCUUUGUUUAUAUUGUUUUUUAAGUGAAAUUAUGUCCAGGAACCCAGCUAAAAGACAAUCGACAACUACAAUAAAAACAAAGAUGUUCGAUGUUCGUUAGUUGUUUUUGUUUUGUGAGAUCGUAGAUGAGAUACUGUCCCGGAAUUGAAAUACACAGUAUCUGAUCUCGUAGGACUUAUUUGGUGGACGGACUGGGUUGCACCCACUGGCGAAUGUGUUCUGUUAUUUGCCAGAUACAUUCUCACAGUGAAAUUAAAAUAACAACUUAAAGCUUUGCCUCGACAAUAGCAUCACUUACAUAGUUUCAACUAAAGUAAACUAAGUUAUAGCAUUGUUUUAAGGAAGUAUUCUUCAUGAACCGAAGAUGAUGCCAAUAAUUUAACCCUCAUGUUUGGUCCAGUGCUGUGUAGAUUACCAGGAGGCAUCAAGACGCGCAUCCUCCGGCCAGUAGCCAGUGUUUUCACCAGCAGCUCCAGAAUGGCCAAGAGCAAGUUUGAGUACGUCCGUAACUUUGAGACAGACGACACCUGUCUGAAAAACUGUUACAUCGUGGUGCGUUUGGAUGGAAGGAACUUCCACAAGUUUGCAGAGCAGCACAACUUCCUGAAGCCCAACGACGACAGAGCUCUGGGCCUGAUGACGUGCAGCGCCAGGUCUGUCAUGGAGGACCUGGAUGACAUCAUCAUCUCGUACGGACAGAGUGACGAGUUCAGCUUCGUCUUCAAGAGGACCUCCAACUGGUUUAAGAGGAGAGCUAGUAAGCUGAUGACCCAUGUAGCGUCCCAGUUCUCCUCUUCCUAUGUGUUCUACUGGAAGGACUACUUCGGAGACCAGCCCCUCCUUUACCCCCCGGGGUUUGACGGGCGGGUGGUUCUAUAUCCUAGCAACCGCAACCUCCGGGACUACCUCAGCUGGAGGCAGGCUGACUGUCACGUCAACAACCUGUAUAACACAGUGUUUUGGACGUUGGUGCAGAAAGGUGGACUCACCACUACACAGGCAGAGGACAGACUAAAGGGAACGUUGGCAGCAGAUAAGAAUGAGAUCAUGUUUUCUGAGUUUGAUAUCAAUUACAACAAGGAGCCUCUGGUCCACAGGAAAGGAACCACCCUCAUCUGGGAGAAGCUGGAAGAAACAGUGACCAAGAGUGUGAAGCUCCCCAACGAGGCGGGGGAGGAGGUGCUAGUGACACGCACCAGGAGGCGUGUCAGUGCCCAACACUGUGACGUCAUAGGGAACCAGUUCUGGGAGGAACACCCCAACAUUCUAGAAGACGACAACUGCUGAGCUGACUGGGAACAGAACUAUUCCUAGAGGAGAAAAACCAGCAGACACCAGCCCUUUGUGGAUAACGUUGAACAUGGACAGAGUCUAGGGGGACUUCUUCGUACUCCCAAAUGCUCCUGCUGUGGGAUGGAGAGGGUUGAGAGCUCUCACUCUGCAUGGACAGAUACUGUUAAUAACCAACUCUUGAUUGGAACAAACUGUCUACGGUGGCAGUAAACCAAGAGGUCUUUCAUAACUCCACACCAUCAUUCUCUUUGCUCAUGUACUGUAUACAAAUAUUUUACUGUGAUUAAAUACGACCGCUCUUUUUAUGUCUGGAUCCAUGAGACCAAGAGAAUAUGUCCCGCUUGUUUUUAUAUUAUAUCAUCAUAAUAAACUAGUAGGCUUACUGUU